AUGUCGAGUUUAACACCAAUUUCCACCUAUAACUUAGCCUUGAGGCCAUAUCAACCCGUCCCGGCUAUUGAAUACGACUAUCCGGUCACCGUUAGAAUUAGCUUAGCUGCAUUGGACCCAGAGGCAGUCGAUAAAGAAGAUGAGCCAUCCACGUUGAGGAUCUUGAAGAAGGCCGCAGGUGAUGAUGAGGAAGAGGCAGAGGAAGCUGACGAUGACGAAGAUGACGAAGAUGACGAAGAUGACGAAUUGGACGAAGUCAAGGAGGCCGAAGUCGAAAAGACGAAUGGAAAAGUUGAAGAGGAAGACGACGAAGACGACGAAGAAGAAAAAGACGAUGAAGAGGAAGAUGACAGUGAUGAGGACGAAGACGAUGAUGACGAAGAUGAUGAUGAUGAUGAUGAUGAUGACGAUGUUGAAGAAUUUGUCGUUUGUACCUUGUCCCCAAAAACCCAAUACCAACAAACCCUCGACCUCACAAUCACCCCUCACGAGGAAGUGUACUUUGUUGUGACUGGAUCUUAUCCAAUUCACUUGACCGGUAAUUACGUUGUUCACCCAGACGACGACUCGGACCUUGAUGACGAAUACGACGACGAGUACGACGAUGAGUACGACGAUGACGAGUACGACAUGGCCCCCGAUGAUGACGAAAUCAUCGAUGAGUACGACCAAGCCAAAGAAGAGUCCGCUGAACCGGGUAAAAUCGAGGAGAUCGUUGAAGAAAACGAAAAGAAAAGAGCUGCACCUGAAGAAGAGCCAAAGGAGACGAAAAAGUCGAAAAAGGCCAAGCAAGCGCAAAAGGAAAAAACCGUGCAAUUCACCAAGGACUUGGAGCAAGGUCCAACAGGCUCAACCUUGGUUGACAACAAGAACAAGGCCGACAAGAAAGACAAGAAAGACAAAAAGUUCCCCACUAAAACAUUGUUGGGCGGCGUUGUCACCGAGGACAGGAAACAAGGCUCUGGCCCAGAGGCCAAGUCGGGAAACAAAGUCGGCAUCAGAUACAUUGGAAAAUUGAAAAACGGCUCGGUCUUUGACAAAAACACCUCGGGCAAGCCCUUUGUCUUUAAACUAGGCAAAGGCGAAUGCAUAAAAGGGUUCGAUCUCGGCGUUGCAGGAAUGAGUGUUGGCGGCGAAAGAAGAGUCGUCAUCCCAGCAAAGAUGGGCUACGGCUCCCAAGCAUUGCCAGGAAUUCCACCCAACUCCGAAUUGACUUUUGACAUAAAAUUGGUUUCAAUAAAGUAG